AUGGGAAUUACGGGUCUUUUACCGUUUGUAAAGAACGCUUGUAGAAAGGGAAAUAUUCGAGAACUCCGCGGGAAGUCGGUGGCCAUCGAUGUUAGUUGUCUUCUACACCGUGGAUUGACUGGAUGUAUGGAUAAGAUUCAUAUGGGCGAAGAGACGCAGAGUUAUAUUAACUAUGUCGACAAAUAUAUUCAAGAAUUACUGGGAAUGGAGUGCCAUGUGGUCAUGGUGUUCGAUGGAAGACCAUUGCCGGCUAAAAAGAGCACAAAUGACGAUCGUCGUGAGAUGCGGGAGAAGCGAAAAGAGCAUGCUGAAAUGCUUCUGGCCAAGGGAAAAGAACGAGAAGCCCGAGAUCAUUAUCGAUUGGCGACGACGAUUUCAGCGGAAAUCGUCGAAAAAACUAUCGUUUUUUUCCGAAAAAUUCGAAAUGUCGAUGUGGUUGUGGCACCGUAUGAAGCCGACGCCCAAUUGGCUUACUUGAUGCAGUCAAAACUAGUGGACGCUGUGGUGACUGAAGACUCGGAUCUAAUCGUUUUCGGAUGUGAAACGAUCUAUUUCAAGUGGCAAUCAGUGACUGGAGAUUGCUCAGUUUACCAAAAAUCGGACCUCAAAAAAUGCUUCUCCGGCGAGUUGGGCGGCGAAAAAUUCGAUUUUGUCAAAUUCCGACGCAUUUGUAUUUUAGCGGGAUGUGAUUAUUUGCAGUCUGGACUCCCCGGCGUCGGACUGGCCACUGCAGUGAAGUUCUUCUCGCUCACAUCGAUAAAGGACCUUCGCAUAUUGCUCAGAAAAAUUCCGUCGUAUCUGAAGAAUCCGAAAUUAAAGGAACAUGUGAAUGAGGAAUUUAUUCGGGGAUUCGAACGAGCUGAAAAUACAUUUAAGCAUCAAAUUGUGUUCGAUCCCAGGGAACGGUGUCAGAAGCCGUUGACACCGUAUCCAGCGAUGGAUAUUGAUGAUGAAUUAGAAAUUUUGGAUUUUGAGUCUCCCGCCGAGUCGAAAUCUGAAAUUUCGACGAAAUUUGAAUAUGCUGGAACAGCGGAAACCCAACGAUCAUCGAUUCGUUUGGCACUUGGAAAUCCAUCGAAUAAUUCGAAAAAUUCGAUCGAUGAUCGAUUUCUAUUGAUUCAACCGAUUCCAGAAUGGAGUAUUUGGGGAUUACGGUACGAGAGUAAAGGACAGGAAAUGCAGAAAUUGGCGAAAAAGAAGGAGGAGGAGGCGAUGGAGUGUGGAGGAGCGUUUAAGCUCGACUCUCCAUCCGUCGUUCAAAAACGUCCGAAAAUACCCGGAAAAAUCGAUAAAAUCGACGAAUCCGACGAUAUCGUAGCUCAAUUCAUGGCGGAAAUCGAAAACGAGAAACAGGCGAUGAAGAAGCGGAAAAACGCCCCCGCAUCUGAUUAUUCCGCUGAACAUGUGCUGAAAAAGUAUGCGGAACCCGAGAAGAAGCGCCAGAAAGUGCUCGAAGUGGUCGACGACGAUUUUUCCGAGCUAUUUGAGCUAAAAGUUCCGGAAAAGGCGAAAAAAGUGGAAAUUCUUGAAAAAAGUCCAGAAAAAUCUGCUGAAAACGAGCUAAAACCGCCGCCAAUCCUCCGGAAAUCCACGUCGACACCCGAAUCAUCGAGAAAAUUCCAGAAAUUCCAAUCCCCACUUUUAUCCCACCAAACAUCGGCUCCACCGGCUCCAAAAGGCUCGGGCAGCACUGAAUAUGCGGAAAAAACAGGAAUUUCCAAGUAUUUCUCACGGAAAACCGCCGAAAAUGGCCCUUCAAAAACGAAAAAUCCAUUCCGUUGCCCGGCUUUUAUCAAAUCUGAACCGAAAAUUGAGGGAAAAAUCGAGGAACAACCAAAAACCCAGGAAAAAACGGUUUUAUCAGCUCUCGAGGAGAAUUGCACCGCCACCUAUCGAUUUGUGGGAUUCAAGUCGGCGGGAUUGCGUCGGAAGCCGAAGAAUUGA